UCGUAAACAACAAACCCCAAAGAGAGGCGUGUCUGUUCUGUUUUCCUUUUAUGUGGUCAUUUAGGCCAGAUUAGGAGUGUUCACGCAAAAGAUUCUGUCAUAUUAUUAGUUGCCGACUUUGUCCAUUUUCUAAUCCAAUAGUUUUUCUUCUGUCUGCUGCAGGCAAUGAUAAAAUUUUCUGGCCUGGAAAAUGGCAGCUUCGAAGCAAAAUGUCUCGGAAUUGAUUCAGUCGGCUUUUCCACCUAUGAUCGCUGCCCUUGUUACUCCCUUGGCAGAAGAUGCUUGCAGGAAAAACAACCUGAAUUUUGUGGAGAUGCUGCAGCCGUUUUGUUCACUACCAAAUGAUGCCCACAUUCGUGAUCCGUCGGGGUUGGUCCUAUCCAUCAGACCUGGCUUGAGAGUAAGCCUUCAAUAUGCCACCUGGGAACCUCCAGCGCCUCCUCAGGCACGCAAGUGGCUCAAUGAAGCAGCUAGUCUACCUGCAAAUCCAUCAGAUUCACUCGCCGUCGAAGUUGGUGGACGUCAAGUGGAGAUGCCGUCAAAAACUCCAUGGUUUGAGGCGUGGCGGAACGUUUUCCUACAAGUCCAGUAUCCUUCGGACCACGAAUUUUUAAAGCACUAUUUGGCCUGUGUGAUUGUGGUCAGCUCCGAGGACCCUGAUCCAGUGGCCUCUGUUCAAUCUCUUUGGUCGGCUUGCUGUGCUAAUGUAGGGAGCAAUCCCAACCAGUUGCCAAAAUGGUUCUUCAGCCCUGCUCUUCAAUAUCACGUUCUUUUGCACGAUGCUUCGUCUCCAAAUGCUGACACUUCAAGAGCUGAGCAGCAGUUUGCUAGACUGAAAGCUCAGUUUGGAGAGUCGUAUUGCACAUUACUGCCAAUUAACACGGAGUCCAACUUAUCAGAGGGUGCCAGCCCCCCUGCGGAUCCCUGGGUACAAUAUUUGAUGGCAUCUGCGAGUCGUCCUCAACCUGCUGGUGCACUAAAUAGUCCUGGGGCAAAAACACCAAACGCUUUAGAAGAAGCACAAGAAGUAAGGGAAGAAACCAUUCCCCAUCCGCUGAGCCCAGAUGCACCUGGAUCUCCAGGAUUUGCCCCAAUAAUAAGGGAUAUUUCAUCUUUGACUGGACAGGAAGUUGUCCCUGGUUGCAGAGGAAAGUAUCUGAGUGCUGAGGACAGAGAGAAACUUCGGCAGCUCAUCCCUGAAUUUGCAGUCAAAGUUCUUCUACCAUAUGCUGAAAAGCAAAUUCACACUUUGACCGAAUUGGUAAUAGCCCGCAAGGGACUCAGUCGGUCCCUUUUCUCAGCAACAAAACGAUGGUUUGGCUCAAGUAGCAAGCCAGGGUCAACGGCCUCGUCACCUCAGUCAAGUCCAGCUUCCCAAGGCUACUCUGCCGACUCAGCAGAACGUGGUUUGCGGAGACUCGGCGACUUGAGUUUUCUCCUUGGACUGCCGCAACUCUCAUUUCCAGCAUAUCAUGCAUUGAAACGAGACCUGGCUGCAGACCAGGCUUGGCUCAUGCUAGCAGGUGCUCUUGAAAUGGCCGCACUGAGCGCCUUUCUUUUGACUGAACAACCCCCGACUUCCCCCAAAAGAGCCCAGGAGUACAUGGAAGAAGCAAUUAACACUUAUCUGAAUUUAUGCAAACUACCACAAUUUGCAACAAGAGCGGCUUUAUUGAGCUCAGAAAUUCUCAAAUCCAGAGGACUCAUGGGCGAAGCAGCUCAGCAGCUUAUUCGGCUGACGAGUGAAGAUUCUGAUCUGAGAAGUGCACUUCUUUUGGAACAAGCUGCAUACUGCUUUCUUGGCACUCAUAAAGUUCAAAAGCUUGGAAGGAAAUACGGAUUUCAUAUGGUGCUAGCAGGGCAUAGAUUCAAUAAGGCAGGACUUCGUCCACAUGCCCUCCGCUGCUACCUGCAAGCUUUGCAGAUUUUUGAAGGAAAGCACUGGGGCUUAGCAGAAGAUCACAUUUUGUUCACCGUAGGAAGGCAGUCGGCUUUUUUGAGAAAACUCCCAGAGGCUAGAGAUUCGUUUGCAAAACUUCUUUGUUCCGGUAGUCAACAGGCCUCGUCCCAGCAGUCGGUUUUCUUAAGAGAAUAUCUUCAAACCCUGCAGGGCAUACUUGAAGGUGGUUCAGAGAAUGGAAUACCUAUCAUGCCAAUUCCGUACGUAGACUGCAAAAAUAUACAAACACUGUUGGGUAUUCCUUCAGAAGUUCAGUCUCAAGGUGACGUUGUUUACGUAUCUGGCACCUCUUUUGAAACAAAACUCGACGGGGAAGAGAAGGCUGUGUGGGAUAAGUUGGAGGAACAGCUUUUGACUGAGGCUCACGGGCAGACUCCCAUGGUUUUCAAACCGUUGCUCCAACUUUUCACUCCAAAGACAAAUAAUUCAAGCAAGCCUAAUGCAGUAAUAAAUGAACAAUUGACUGUCCAGCUGACUGUAAAAAAUCCCCUGCAAAUUCCUCUUGUUUUUACAAGUAUUCGCCUUCUCUGGAACUUCACUCCUGAAGGCUCAGAUUCUGUGAUUACAAAUGAAAAUGGCGCUGGACAGGAUGCCAUCGACACGCAGCUCAUGCACCUGUUGACCCUGGCUGCAGGUGCCAGCCAGAAAAUUGCGCUCGGGUUGAUUCCGAGGCAGACGGGGGAGGUGAACAUAAUUGCGGUAGCCUUCGAGUUAUGUGGGCCAGCGCCUGUCAGCGCUGACCAACAGCCUAUAGCUGUAACUGGCAAAUUACCUUUGAGUGUGCGAGGCCCUCGAUUGAAAGGCAAAGAAGAUGGUUUUGCUCCGGACUACAGACUUACUGUUGUGAUCAAACCACCCCUGCCUUUGCUCCAGGCAAGAUUGGAGGGUCUAGGAAACAAAAUGAUGUGUGGUGAGACAAGGAGAAUAGGUGCUCUGCUGCGAAACGCUGGUCCACUGCCUUUGAAAAAUUUAUUUGUAAGCAUUUCUCCAUCAGACGUUGAUUGCUUAGCUUUGCCUGUCGGCAGUAAGCCUCCGCAGUCACCUCUGAGCAACCUUGGUCCUCCACAACAAGGUUACAGAGUUGGUUCCCUGACGGUAUCAGCCGAGUCCAAAGUCUUAAAAAUCCCUUUGCCGGGAGAAGUGUUGGGAUCAAAUCAAGAGGCCAGUAUUGACCUGUGGAUCAAAGCGCCGAUGAAACAAGGCUCUCUCAAGCUUCAUCUCAUGAUGUUUUAUGAAGGAGUUGAAGACAAAAGGUAUAGAACACUGCAACACUCGUGGAGAGUGGCGCUAAGCAAUCCCGUCUCAAUUACUGCUCAGGUUAUCAGAAGUUCAUGUCCAAGUAUCAAUGGAAAGCAAGCUACAACAGAAUCCUUAAAUUUAGCUCUUCAAAUUUUACACGUACCAAAUUCUGAGCCACAGAAUGAAAGUGAUGAGACAAAGGACUCUCUCUCAAUUCAACAAAUUGCAAUAGUUAGCAAACAUUGGCAUUUAGCGCAGUUGGUCAUAUCACCUAAAGAUUGCAAGCUGAAGCCAAAAGAGGCAUGUCAUUUGCUCUUUAAGAUUCUGCGCUCUAUGGAUAAAUGUGCUGCAGAUAAGUAUAUUUAUUCCCACUCAGGUGUUGGAUCUAGUCUUAACAGCCAGCUUACAUCGUGGCCUAUGCUGAACUUCUUAAUUAAAGAAUUUUUAUCUACAAAGACAAAUAAUGCCAAUUCCAUAUUAGACAUCACCCUGCUAUUAAAAUGGAGGGUAUUCACUGGUAAAGAGAUUCACGAAGGUCAGCAUCAGCUCUCUCUUGUUAAUUUGGGAACAACAAGAAUGGCACCACAGCUAGAAGAUGUUCCACUCCCUGCUUUAAGGCCACCCCCUGAAAUAUCACCUGAACUUGCAACUGCGCAAAGUUUGGUUACUUACAGUUUACAACAUGCAACUUUUAUGAUGCAUGACUUUAAAGAAGAAAGUUUUUGCAUUGUGCCUGUGAAAGUUCAUCUGCAGAAUUGCUCAGACUCAAGUUUGCGUGUGAUAGUAAGCGCUAAUGAGACCCCUAGUGGAGGCAUCUUGAGAAGUACGCAGUUGUAUUCUCCUCUGGCAAGCGCAGUGAUGUGUUUCAUUGGUCCAUCCCGAAAAGUCAUUACUUUAGCCCCGAGAGCUUCGGACAGUGUUUGCCUGAAGGCUGGUAUACCAAGACCAGGCACCUAUGAUGUUUCGAGACGGCUUGCGGUGAUAUGCGGAGAACUUGGUAAAAAGGAAACCUCAUUGCAGACGUGGAAGUGCCCAUCUCCACUUAUUGUCAGUCAAAAAUCUUGAAACAUUCCCUUGUGUCAUUAACAACGUUCAAUUGUUAGAAAAAAAUGAUUUUUUUUUC